AUGUUCUCGCCCGAUGCCGCUCUCCCAAGCGUGCAAAAUGCCUCCUCACGAAAUCCUCGAAGGCGCCAGCGGCAGUACGAUUCGGACAGCACCAGACAGCAGCGCCAGAGGAAACGGAGCAAGCUCUCAGAUGACCUUUUCGAUGCGCCCACAACGGCGAACGGCAGCCAUGGAAUGAACGGGCAUGCUAGCCAUGGCGCAAAAGAUGCGGUCCCUACGCUGCGGUCUCACAGCAUCCCUGUGCGGGAGAAGAGGAUAUCAAGUCUGGUCAAGAGGGGAGAGAAAGGCGACGGCGGCACCACCUUCACCAAGACUGCCAACUAUACCGUAAAACAGCUGCCAGGGGUGCCAGAGCGCCUCCGCGGUCUCAAGUCUGAGAGCUUUCGAGCAUCUUCCUUGCCUUCUACGCCCUACGCGCUUGCACUAACGCACGAACAUGCCUUCGUCUGGGACUACACCUCCCCCGUUCCAUCACCCACUCCUCACAUCCUGACACUCCCUCAUCCCUCCAAGCGUACCGAUCCGCUACCGCUAGGCUCUGUCGUCACCACCGGCCCACCCCGCGAUGUAGGACUAGUUGUAGUUAUGCCGGUCUCUGGCAGGAUCACCUACUGGGAAAAUGUGGACAGCGCAGAAUCGCUCAGCCUGUUCCAGCAGCGGCGUCCGGGCAUUGAAGGCUCCGCAGCGCUGAUGAACCGGAACGAGACCGUCACCGAGAUUGUUGACGCGGACCGAGCGGGCUUCGUCCUGCUAUACAGCAGCGGGCGGAUUGCGCAACUCACACUUCGAGACUCGCAAGGUCGGCCCCACAUCAACGUACAAUUCUUGUCCGGUCAAGGAACAAACGGAGGAGGCUGGCUCGGUGGUUGGUUCUCUGGCUCAACCUUUCAAGGCGAUGUUGCGGCGGUCCGAGUGCGACCGUCACCGACAAAAGGGCAGAUGGAGGUAGUUUCGGCUACUGGGACUGGAUCUUUCGAACUGUGGGAACUAAGCUGGUCCGGCCAGCCCGUGUACAAGGGCAAAGUCAAUGCCCGCAGCGUGAUCACCGACUCUCUGAAGCAAGGCACCGUGCCGGAAAUGGGCGGCCAACUUGAAAACACCAAAAUUCUUGACUUCACCAUGCUGCUUGGCCCGACGAGUAAAAGCACGGAGGUCGCCCUGGUCAACGCUCGCCAAAGUCUUGGAGUGAUCGCGCUCGUUGCGACUCCUGGCGGCGCAAAGGCAGACUACGCACUGGUUGAAGUGGUAUUCACAGGAGACACGGCCAACGUAGAGCGAGUUAUCCCUCUUCAUACAUACAAACAGCAUGGCGGCGAAGGUUCCGGUUGGAAGCCGAGACUUCUGGUACCGCACCCUGGGCAUACCGCUUUAGUGCUCUUCGACCGCGCGAUUGUCAUCGUCUCCCUUGCAGUCCGCACCGCGAAUCCAGAAUCUGUGAAGCCGUUACCGCCCUACCAGGACACCGUGUACCUACGUGACGACGCGAAGGUAGAGUUCACUGGGUGCGCUGUUGAGGGUCCUCAUGGCAAGAGCAAAACCUCAAGUUGUAUAGUGUUCACGGACUCACCGGACAUCCUACGCGUAGCAGCGUUCAAGCCUCCCACGGACGGCAAGGAUGCAAACCGUGCCAGGGUGACUGCGAAAAGCAAGAUUGAGCAAGCAAUAUUCUUCAGCGCGAUCCCUGAAAACGUGAUGGAUUUCUCCAGCCGGCCGGUCUUCGAGUUCUCUAAAGAGGAAGUGCGAAAGGCAGCUGUAGAAGUCAGCAAGGGGAUUCUGGCCUCUAGGUCGGAGUUCAUACCACUCGUAACGAUGUCUAUGGAUGAGCAGCUUGGCGUGAGGGCAGACGCGCUUCGAACGUUGGCUUCGCAUCUGAAGCAGCACUAUCCCGGUUCCCUGGAUCGAGACACCAAAUGGCAGCUCCUAUGGGAUGCCGAGAAGGUGGCUGCCGCGCGCGGCAUUUGGAAAACAUACGACGAGAGCCUGAAGACGAGGGACAUCAAGCAGAGGAAACUACUCACCGAGGUGGUGGAGUUCAUGCACGAGCGCUACAAGACUCCUCUUGACCCAGAGAUGGGCGAACUGGAUCCAGUCCGGCAGUGGUUCGUUAAGGAUCUAUCGAAUAUCAACAUCCUUCUCCCGUGGGCUUACCAUGCCAUCCAGGAGCUCUUCGAUGAGGGCGUAAAAGACCGCAUGAGCAUUCUCAUCUUGACUAAAGAAGCCGUCGAUCUAUACGUCGUUGCACUGGAAACGGCUUUCCAGUUCCGCAAAAGCCAUCUCGACCUGUACGGUCUGGAGCAGGAGAAGAUAGAUGACGGCGUAUUGGAAUCUGGCUUUGAAGGCCUGCCGGAGUUCUGGACGUCGACAUACAACAUUGUUAACUCUCUAACCAAGCUGGUUGAUUUUUCUCGAGACUUGCCCGUCGAGACAUACGAGAAAGUACAACUGGACUCAUCUGAGGCGGAAAUCGCAAGAGAGGUCGCCAAACCGAAUCACCAGCUUGUCAAGCUUUGCUGCCUGACACACAUCGAACGUUACCGGUGGUGCCUCGCGCACGAGGACGAAGCAUUACGAGCUCAAGGCCGCGAUAUCAAGCUGCACUUCGAGGAGAAAGUACGUCCAGUGCAGAUUACUCGACUGCUCAAGCUUGGCCAGGUUUCUCAAGCUAUGGAUUUGGCUGAGAAACUGCGCGACAUGCCUACGCUUGUAAAGUUAGUGCACAAUGAGACAGCAUUCCUCAACGAGUUUCUAGUACAGGCUACGCCUGGGAAGUUGGAGACACUUGAGCAGGAGAAAAAAGCAAGGGUCUUAGGGGCGCGCAUCAAGAGAUAUUUCGCUGUAUUUGGUGACGACUGGGCAGAUGCACUAUACUCCAGCUACAUCCAUGAAAAUCGAGGCGGGGCGCUGUUCGAAGAAACCACAUUUUCCCAAUCUCACCUCACGAAGUUCCUGCGUGCGAACCGCAGCCGCGCAAAGCUCCGCUGGAUCAACGAAGUGACCGGUGAGAAGAACUUCGCCGAAGCAGGCUCGGCCUUGCUGGACGUUGCUCGUAACCAAGAGCCGAACGCUUGGUGUAAGAAAAUCGAGUUAUCCCUCGCGAAGCUCUCUCUCCUUGCCGCAGCCGAGAACAGCCAGAAACCUUCCAGCGGAAACCUGGCCUCGCUUCAGCACCAAACCACACACCAAUUGCGCCUCACAAAAGUUCAAGAACAGCUCCACGCCCAUAUCCAACCCACCGUUCACGGCGCCCUGGACGCGGAAAGCGCCGUCGAGCUCCUCAUGGACACCUACGGCAAAGAUAUUGUCCAUGACAAGCCAGCGCACCAGCAGCUCCUCCGCCGCGGCUUUGAGGAGCUCCUGUCUCACCGUGCGGUGUCUGCCGACCUCCUGAUUGACGUGCUCACCCUUAUGGACCAGACUUAUACCGAGGCGCUCGAGCCUGGUGCCGUUGACAUUCGCGGCAAGGAAUUCUUGCUGGCGCUGCAGGCGCUUGAAUACCACUGCGCCGCCUCCUCUUCUAUAACUGCGAGUAGUGGAGAUGCGACGCUCAAGCUUAUCUGGAAACGCUGCUUCAUUCGCGACGACUGGGCUGCCAUCAACAAUACCGUGGGCAAAUCUGGGGAGGUCAUAGAGCGGGAAGUGGCAGACACAGCGCUCUUCUGGACGCUGAAGGAGGGCUUCAAAAUCGCACUCUGGGACAAAACAACAACAAUCCGAGCCCUCCAACCCGCGCACGUGCUCGGCGCAGGCUGCGACCCGAACGCGCCCGCGCUGCGGGAACGUUUCCCGGCAGAGGAGCUGCGCGAGCCCAUCGCGGCGGAUAAUGCGCUCGAUGAUGAGAUGCUGGAGGAGUAUCUCGAGCGGUGUAGGCUCGAGCACUGGUACGAAGUGUGCAGCAAAGCGGCGAUCAAAAGUUUGCAUGAUGAGGCGGAGGCGGAGGCGCGGAGAAGGGAGGCGGAGAGGGAGAGGAUGGGGGAGGGGGUUGACAAUAGAGAUAGGGAGGACGAGGAGGAUGAGGAGGACGGCGAUGAAGAGGAGGCUGCUGAGGAGGUGGACGGGGAUGGAUAUGGUGAGGAGCUGGAGGAGGGCAGCGAGCGGAUGACGCCGGGUGGAUUCGAUGGGGACGAUGAAGAGAGCGUUGUGACUGACGCGAUGGAGGAGUGA